GUUCCACCCAGGGGGUGGAUGGCGGCGGUGGUGGCGAGGGGAGCAAGCUCAUAAAAGGAUGGGAUGUUGAGACGCACCAGCAGUUCCACUGGGAAGCAAGAAGGAAGGCACCUUCAGAGGAUUCCUGUUGAACAGAGAGAGACAUGCCAGAGCCAAAGAAGCCAGGAGCUGAGGGCGAUAAGGCUGCAGCAGCCCCUGCUGUCAAAAAGGAGCAGCCAGAUGAGGAGGAGGAGUUGCCCCUUGAUGAUGCUCCACCUGGAGAAGGUCCUCAGAUGUCUGAGCAGAGCAGUCUUUUUGUGGUGAAGCCGGAAAGCGCCACUGCUACGAAAGGGAAGGACAUCACGUUUGUGGCCAAAGUCGACUCCUCGACUCUGACAAGGAAGCCUGUCAUGAAAUGGCUGAAGGGGAAGUGGCUCGACCUGUCUAGCAAAGCUGGGAAGCACCUGCAGUUUAAGGAGUCUUACGACAGAAACACCAAGAUCUACACUUACGAGAUGAACAUCAUCAAAGUGGUGGAUGGAGACGCAGGUGGUUACCGCUGCGAGGUCACUGCCAAAGACAAGUGCGACACCUGCACCUUCGAAGUCUCCGUGCAGGCUGUACAGGAGGAGCAGGAGGACAACAUCUUGGAGGCGUUUAAACGAUCAGGAGAUGGGGAUGAGGAUGCUGGUGAGCUGGACUUCAGUGUGUUGCUCAAAAAAAGGAAGCAAAAGAAGACUGGGCAACCAAAGGAGGAGGUGGACGUAUGGGAAAUCCUAAAGGCAGCCAAGCCUUGUGAUUACGAGAAGAUUGCCUUUCAGUACGGCAUCACAGACCUGAGGGGCAUGCUGCAGAGGCUGAAGAAGAUGAAGGCUGAGUCCAAGAAGAGUGAUGCUUUCCUGACGAAGCUGGACUCAGCCUAUUCUGUGGACAAGGGGAAGACGAUCCAGCUCACUGUGGAAGUGGCUGACCCCACAGCUGAAGUCAAAUGGCUGAAAAAUGGACAGGAAAUCAAACCAUCAGCCAAGUAUGUGUUUGAGAGCGUGGGCAACAAGCGGACCCUCACCAUCAACAAGUGCAACCUGUCUGAUGACGCAGCGUACGAGUGCGUUAUUGGGGAAGAGAAAUGCUUCACGGAGGUUUUUGUUAAAGAGCCUCCUGUCACCAUCACUAAGCCGCUGGAUGACGUUCACACCAUGGUGGGGGAGAAGGUGGAGUUUGAGGUGGAGGUUUCAGAGGAAGGAGCCAGCGUGAAAUGGAUGAAAGACGGAGUGGAGAUAAACAGAGAGUCAGCGGGAUCUAAAUACAGGUUCAAGAAAGUUGGGAAAAAGCAUGUUUUGAUCAUAACCGAAGCGACUACAGAGGACAUGGGGAUGUACCACGUCUUCACCAAUGGUGGGGAGUCGAAGGCAGAGUUGGAGGUUGAAGAGAAGGAGCUGGAGGUCCUGCAGAGCCUUGCUGACCUGACAGUAAAGGCAUCUGAACAAGCAGUGUUCAAAUGUGAAGUGUCUGAUGAAAAGGUGACGGGAAAAUGGUUCAAGGAUGGUGUGGAAGUUGAGCCCAGCGAUCGCAUCAAAAUAUCCCACAUUGGCAGGACCCAUAAGUUGACGAUUGAUGACGUGAAACCUUCAGAUGCAGGAGAUUACACCUUCGUCCCGGAUGGCUAUGCGUUUUCUUUGUCUGCUAAACUUAACUUCCUAGAGAUCAAGAUUGAAUAUGUUCCCAGAGAAGAUCCUCCUAAAAUCCACCUGGACGCUGGCGGCAGCGGUAACAAGAAUGUCAUCACAGUUGUGGCUGGAAACAAACUUCGCUUUGAUGUUGAGGUCACGGGAGAGCCGGCCCCCACCGUGUGCUGGAUGAAAGGAGACCAGUUGGUCUCUGAGGACGAGGGACGGGUCCGCGUGGAAACGAGGGAGACCGUGAGCAGCUUUGUGAUUGAGGGGGCGGAGAGAGGAGAUGAGGGUCCCUACACCAUCACCGUGACCAACCCUUCAGGAGAGGACAAGGCUGACAUCUAUGUCAAGAUUGUGGAUGUGCCUAAUCCUCCUGAGAAUGUCAAGUGCACAUCGGUUGGCGAGGACUCUGCCUUCAUCACAUGGGAGCCUCCCUCAUUUGAUGGCGGAGUUCCUGUUAAAGGGUAUUUGAUGGAGAGGAAGAAGGUUGCUUCAUCCAGGUGGACCAAACUAAACUUCGAUGUUUAUGAGUCCACCACGUAUGAGGCUAAGAAGAUGAUUGAAGGUGUGCUUUAUGAGAUGAGAGUGUUUGCAGUCAACGGCAUCGGCAUUUCUCAGCCCAGUUCCAGCUCCAAGCCCUUCAUGCCCAUCGCCCCCACGAGUGAGCCCACUCGUCUCGGGGUGGAGGAUGUGACAGACACUACCUGCGCUCUCAAGUGGCGACCUCCAGAUAAAAUCGGAGCUGGAGGCAUCGACGGCUACAUCAUUGAAUACUGCACAGAAGGAAGUAACCAGUGGGUGCAGGCCAAUAAGGAACUAGUGGGAAAUACCCAGUACAGGGUGAAGGGUCUCCCAGCCGGGGAGAAGAUGCUCUUCAGAGUGUUUGCAGUUAAUGUUGCUGGACAUAGCCUCCCUGCCACUCUGUCUCAGGCCGUCACCAUUAGGGAGAUUGUUGAAAAUCCAAAGAUUAGAGUCCCACGCAACCUGAGAUCUAAGCUCAUCACUCCUGUGGGCGAGAAGGUGAACUUGGUAAUCCCUUUCCAGGGGAAACCUUCGCCCGUUGUGACCUGGUUCAAAGACGGUGUUCUGUUGGAGGACAAAACCGUGGGAACUCGUACCAGCGCGGUGGACACCAUCCUGUUCAUCCGCUCUGCAGAGAGAAGACACUCUGGAACCUACACCCUGUGUGUUCAGAUUGAGGACUUGUCGGAUAGCGCAAACAUAGACAUUCAGGUCGUAGAAAAGCCAGGCCCGCCUGUCAACGUGCAUGUCACCGAUGUGUGGGGCUUCAAUGCCGCGCUGGAGUGGAAGCCGCCCAAAGAUGACGGCAACUGCGAGAUUACAGGCUACACCAUCCAGAAAUGUGACAUGAAAACUAAGGAGUGGUUCACGGUCUAUGAGCACAACCGCAGGCCCAGCUGCACUGUGUCCGACCUGGUCAUGGGGAACGAGUACUCUUUCCGAGUGUUCAGCGAAAACAUCUGCGGCCUCAGCGACGAUCCCGGCAGCAGCAAGAACACCGCUGUCAUUACCAAAGCAGGUCUGAUCUAUCAGCCCAAAGCCUACAAGGAGAAGGACAUGAGCGGCUCCCCUAAAUUCACCGCUCGUCUGUUGGACAGAAGCGUGAUCGCCGGCUACACUGCAGCCAUCAGCUGCGCCGUUCGUGGAAACCCAAAGCCAAAGAUCAUCUGGAUGAAGAACAGUAUGAUCAUCGAUGGGGACCCCAAGUUCCUGAUGCAGAACAACCAGGGGGUGUUAACUCUGAAUAUCCGCAAGGCAAGCCUAUUUGAUGGGGGUCGGUACUCCUGCAGGGCCAUCAAUGACCUGGGGGAGGACGAGGUGGAGUGCAAGCUGGAGGUUCGAGUUCUGCAGGAGAAGGAAGAAGGGACAAAGAAAUGAGUGGCAGCAUGAAGCAGGAGAGGACAGCCCAACGGAAACACUAAAUGGAUUAUGUGUAACAGGAUAGUCAUGAAUAAAUAUGAUCAGAAUAGACCCCCCCCACCCCACCCUUACUACAGACCCCAUAUUCUUUACUUCUGCUAUGACAAAUCAGUAAUGUGCCAUAAAUUCCUCCAACAUCCCACCACCUUCUCCCUUUCUCGCUGCCACUCUGUAGUAUGACUCCCCUGCUGUGACCACACACAGGCAGAGCCUUCUUCUCUGUAAAGUGGACCU